AUGGCGGUCUCCAAGCCAAGACCGCAGCCAGGCCGCCUGCAACCCCUUCGGCCCUCGCCGGACUACAAAGCCAUGCUGGCCGACGAGAAUUCCCGACCUGGGACCCCGGACCGGGUCUCUCGUUCUUCUUUCUCAUCCAUCCGCGAACACGACAACAUCCUCCCCCAGUCCUUCUCUCAGUCUAAAGUCUCGUCCUAUUUCAACGCCGAUAGUGACGAGGUCGCCAUCCUCGACGACACCCCGACGACUAGCCCGCCCGUCACUCCCAGCGCCUCCAGCACCUCGUCGGCCCGGGCGCUCAACAUGAUCCAGACCCAGUUCCAGCCUCCCGUUACCAACCCCAACAGUAAACUUCUCGGAUACUGGACGCCAGCCGACAGCUUCCAGGGUUGGAAGGGCAUCCAGGUCAGGGGCAAGCUCGCGAGCAAGAGCUUUGGUGAUCUUCAGGUCUUGCACCAGGUCUUUAGCAAUCCCCCGCCUCGCCCCGCUAAGCGCGGUCAGAACAGAUCCGGCGAUGCCCCCAUCGAGCGGUUGCCCACCGAGAUACUGAGCGCCAUCAUCAACCUCCUCGCUCUUGAUGUGCCUCCCAAUGGUAUCACGAGGCGCAAUAUCGAUUUGAUGUCGUUGCUGCUGACGUCCAGGACGUUGCAUGUUGCGACCCUGAGCACGCUGUACAGCAGGAUCACCAUACCCCACUCGAGGAUUUUUCAAAAAUUCCUUGCCCACAUCUCAGCCCACCCCAACCUGGGCACCAUCGUGCGCCGGCUUGACUUUUGCCACUUCAAUCCCUCCCAGUUAUUCUUGACUGCUGCCGAGCGCUCUAAGGCGCGUAACCUGACGUCGGAGACGCUUCUGCAGUGCUUGGAGCUGACGCCCCACCUCCAAGAGUUCCUCGGCCAAGAGUACAUCGAUGAUGAUCUCGAUGCGGCAGUGCUGCAAAAGCUGUUCCUGGGGCUACCCCUGUUAAAGGCCAUCGACUUUUGCGGUUGCACCUCGAACUCAUUCAAGGAGUCGUUUUUGUCCGUCCUCUCCCCCAACUGGCCCAGGGAGUUGAUGGUGCAACGGCUGUCGCUGCACAAGUGCCUGACGCUGCCGUCGUCGGUCUUCGAGGUGAUUCUCCCGCGACUGACCCGGCUCACGCACCUUGACGUAGCCGGCACCCGCAUCACAGACACCGCUCUGUCCUCGAUCCCCCCGACCGCCACGAUCACACACUUGAACCUGAGCAAAUGCACAUUGCUCUCGGCCAGGAACGUGAUCGACUUCUUGGCAAACCAUCCGGCCGUGAAGGGGCUGCAGUUUCUGAGCCUGGCAACGGACGCCAGAAGCCACCAGGCCUUUGAUGCCGAGCAUGUCACGGAGCUGCUUCCGAUUCUCCCCAAGACGCUUAAGUCGCUCAAUCUGAAGGGCAGCAAGAUGGCGGCCUCUCACAUCGAUCUUCUGCGGCCGCUGACGAAGCACCUGGAAGAACUUGCGGUCGGUCGGUCUCUAUCGCUGCGGGAUGUCAACCGGCUGUUUGUGCCGGACGAGGACGGCGAUGUGACGAUGGAGGUCGACUGGGUACCGCAUAGCCUCCGGUACAUCGACCUGUCGGACUUUUGGGGCCAGGAGCUCGAUCUCGUCUAUCUGUUCGGCAGCGCGUGCGCCAUCCUCAAGUCGUUCUCAGAGCCGCUGGAGGUCGUCGAGCUCGCCGAAGAUGUCUGUCGCCGCGUUAGCAAGUCCUCUACCGCGCUGCAGCGCAUCGGCUGGCAGCUGUCCGAGUGCGGAAGCCGUGGCUGGAUGGUGCGACAGCCCAACAAGAACGCCACGGGGCCGCGAGACGACGGCCGCCGUGGCUGGAAGAUGGGGGCCGAGUCGUGGGGGAUGAGGAAGAUACCCGUUGCUCAUGCCGAGGUGGGAGGCAUGUACGGCAACUUCAUGUUUUCGCGGAAGCUCUGA